UGUUGUUUUUUUAACUGAGCAGUACCUGUCUGUUGAUGUUUAACCAUUCAAGUCAGCUGAACCAUUUGAAUGGUGUGAUGAAGGUUAUUAUCUACAAGGAAGUCUCUCAAACUGAAGGGUUAACUAGAGUGGAAAAGCAAACAAAAUAUGUUGCAGGGUGAAAAUACUUUUCGAUAUUUAUGAAACUAUUACAAAGGCGUUACUAAUAGCUGAAGUUUGGCAUUGGACUCACCCUUUUGUGCCCAUUUUCCACACACUCCUAUUCAAAGUGCUGUACAGUCUGAUGGGCCUGACCCAGUUCUGCCUAUUCUUGCCCAGCUGGCAGUUGACAAUCUUUUUGUGCCAGUUUUCAGGGCAGCAGUUUUUUUUUUCUGUAUUAAAAAUAUUUUUGAAUUGCACUUAUAGCUUAAAUUUGUAUUCUCAGACUCUUGAAAAGUCAGUGUUCCCGUCACUUCACUUGAUGUCUGGACUUUACUCAACUUGUUUGAUUUCAGUCUUUUUUCAUGCAGCAUAGGUUCAGUCAAGUGUUUAACUCAGUGGUUUGCACAGUGCACACAGGGAACGUAUGGAUUUGACUCCAAACUUUGGACCUGACUUUCUUCUAGUGUCUACUUGCUGUAUGUCUCCACUUAUGGAAUGAAGUGAAUAUAAAAGAGGAAAUCAGCAUUGUAUCACAGAUCUCACCUUGGCAGUUCACAGGCAAUAAAAGGUGUCAAUUCAUAUGGCUGCAAUUGUACUGAGUUUACUGUCUCUGUAACAGCAUGGGCUGUGCCUUCUGUAGUUGUUUGUCCACUGAGGUCACAGUGUGAUGAACAGUAAAAAGCUUGCUGUCCCAUGUAUCCAUAAAAAAAUAAAUAUGACUAGAAACUGUCUCCUACUGUAUUAGGGUUUCACUGUUAAUGGCCCCACCCUGGAAACAGGUGCAGCUCUGUUAUUGUUGGCUCUGCCUUGUUGUCACCAUUGAGGCUGAACAGGAUUGUACCAAGUUCCUGUCACUUACAGGGGGUUGUCAGAAGCACUUGGAUUUGAAGCCUACCUGGGAAACAGGUGUACCUUUCUCAGUCCUGAUUUGUUCCUUGUUGGUUUGAACCAUGUUAACCCUUUAAGUGGAAAAGGCUGAAUGGCUUGAUGGGUUGAGGAUCAAAGGUAUAAAAGGAAAAUAAUACAGAUUAUUAUAAAUCUCUUAUCUGUUGUGUUAAAUCUAUUUUAACCUAGUUUCAUGACCUUAAAUAGCUUAUGAGCAGCCUCUUUAAUACGUGUGUGUUUGUGCUCACCCCUCUGUGGUAAAGUAGAGUAGGCCAUCACCGACCAGUCACACAGGAGACGGGGAGGAGUCAAGUUAUCUGGUUGUCUCUUGGAGCUACCUAACAAUGAUACACACAUACUUUUAGAAACUCAAUCGGCAUACAUUAUUUGGUACUUGGCGGAUAUACACACAGACUUUGACAUUCAUGUACAAUGGAGCAUUUACAGAGAGAUACUAUACACUCUGACUGUCCGCUUUGGAACAAAUACUUUGCUAGAUGUGUACUUUCACAUCUAGACACACAUAGAUUUGGUAAUGAUUUUUUAGUUUAAAACACACACACCCACCCAUAAAUGCACGCAGCACAGGUAGGAGCCAUGGCAUUGCACCUGCAGACUUUGUGGUUUAGUGGUUAGUGCAGGAGGGGAGGAUGGCACUGUUCUCGCCUGCUGGCACAGAGGACAAGCUGGAGUGCUCCAGUCAGACAGAAGAGGAUAAGGACUGUGUUGGUCUGCUGGAGGAAGAAAGAGAAGAGGAGGAGGAUGAGGAGUAUGUCUGUCUUCCCAGUCAUGAAAGCACAGAGGAGGAGGAUGAAGAAGAGAUGAGUGAAGAGCAACAACUUCUGUAUGAAGUACUGUGCGCUGAUAGAGUGGGCCAGAUGACGAAGACCUACAGUGACAUUGAUGCUGUCACUCGACUGCUGGAAGAGAAAGAGCGUGACCUGGAGUUAGCAGCUCGCAUAGGACAGUCACUGCUGAAGAAAAACAAAGCCCUCAGUGAGAGGAACGAACUGCUGGAGGAGCAAGUAGAGCACAUACGAGAGGAGGUUUCUCAGCUGCGCCAUGACUUGUCCAUGAAAGAUGAGCUGCUACAGUUCUACACCAAUGCUGCUGAGGAGAGUGAGGGCGAGUCCGUCAUCUCCACACCUGUGCGUCCCAGUGAAACCAAUGUGUCAACACCAUCGUGUUUCCCGCUGGAGUCCUUGCAGAAGAAACUCAAAGAUCUGGAGGAAGAAAACAAAUCACUGCGAUCAGAGGCCAGUCAUUUGGAGACAGAAACUAUCUCCUAUGAGGAAAAAGAGCAGCAACUUGUCAAUGACUGCGUCAAAGAACUACGUAAUUCAAACCUUCAGAUUUCCUCUCUGUCUGAAGAGCUGGCCAGGAAGAGUGACGACGCCUCCAGGCAGCAGGAGGAGAUCACGCACCUCCUCUCCCAGAUAGUAGACCUCCAGAAGAAGGCUAAGCUGUAUGCCGUGGAGAACGAGGAGCUGACUCAGCACUUAGGCGCAGCCAAAGAUGCCCAGCGGCAGCUCACUGCUGAGUUGCGAGAGUUACAAGACAAGUAUGCAGAGUGUAUGGAGAUGCUUCACGAGGCUCAGGAGGAGCUCAAGAACCUGAGAAAUAAAUCUCUACCGCUCAACACACCGAGGCGUUUCCAUUCUCUCGGACUGUUCCCAAUGGACUCCCUGGCAGCAGAGAUAGAGGGCACCAUGAGGAAGGAACUUCAGAUGGAUGAUCCAGAUGUAGAAGAGCAGAGAUUGCAACCAAAGAGAGUGUUCCAGACAGUGAAAAACCUGAACCUGAUGCGUCAGCAGCGCUUAUCACUAGCCCCGUCGCCCCUCAACAUCCCAGGCUCCAAUCAGACAUCAUGCUUCACCUCAGGGCGCUCCAGCAGGGUGGGCACACCACGCUCCAACUCUGUGUAUGGUAGUGAGAUGGGAAGUGGGAUCAUCCUGGACAACAGGACAAGCAGUAUAAUGGAGAGUCCAGAUGAUGGGUCAGAGGACUCCAACAAGCGGCCCCCUGGCACCCCUGGAACACCGGGCAGCAGGGACCUGGAGGCAGCUCUGCGGCGUCUGUCCCUCCGCCGUGACAACUACCUCUCAGAAAAGCGCUUCUUUGAGGAGGAGAGGGAGAGAAAGCUGGCUUACCUGGCCAAAGAGGAGGAAAAAGGAGGUGGGGGAAGUAGCGGAGGCCCUGGCACACCAACAGAGAGCCUGCUGUCGCUGUGCUCGCAUCCCUCCCUCUGGUCAGGAUACUCAUUCACACCAAGAUCCUACCUGCCAGAGAAGCUGCAAAUUGUAAAGCCACUAGAAGGCUCUGCUACUCUCCAUGCAUGGCAGCAGUUGGCUCAACCCCACAUGGGUGCUCUGUUGGAUCAUCGGCCCGGUGUGGUCACGAAGGGCUUUCGUACUUUAGCGCACGAGCAGGAGCAGGUAGACAGCUGGCAACUGGACCAACCGGAGGAGGAUGAACUGUCAUGUGACUCAUUCACUGGCCUGACAGGAGAGAGCUGUGCUCCCAUGGAUCUGCCUCGCUCUACCUCUUCUCCUUGUGUCUGCCGCCACAAAAAUGGGGACGUCCGAGACAAUAGCCAAUCAGAAACACUGCAAGAAGAAAUGUGCAGGGCUAGAGAAGCGAUUCAAGUUGAAGAAGGACAUGGUGCAAACAUGCACCUUUCCUUCUCCAGACCCUCCCCUUCUUCUUCCUCUUCUCCUCUCCCCCUUUCUUCAGAGAUGAAUGGGCACGUGGAUCUCAAGGAGCUCCAGGCCUUACAGCCCGCCACAAUGGACCGUAUGCCUGUUAAUUUCCCAGGGAAGUGUAUGUCCCAUACUAGCUCUACAUACACCUUCACCACCUGCAGGAUCCUCCACCCGUCUGAUCAGCUGACCUCUGUGUCCCCAAGCCCAGCUCUAGCUUCUUGUCAGAGCAGUGCUUGUACUGGAACCCCUACCCCUAUUUCCUCUCCCAUACCCUUCUCUGCCCCACCCACACCUUCCUAUACCCCCUGCUGCACCCCACGCCGUCUUUCCCUCUCUCUCUCACUAGCCGAGUCCUCCACCAACCUUAGGGACUCCACUAAAACCACCAGCACUUCUCUAGGCCUGGUACGCCUCCUGCUGGAGCAUGGCAUUUCUGCCUCGGUGUAUGACCCACGCAGCUGGGACCGAGGAUUGGAUGCCAGUGGAGGUUCAACACCUGUCAGAGGAGCACAAGCGCAGCAGAGUAGCGAUGCACCAGGGGAGAGUGAACCCACACAAUUAAGGAAACGCCCAGACACCCUCAUCCUCCAGCCUUCCACCCCACCCAACUCCCCUCGUUCCAAAUCUUCCACCACCUGCCCAGUUUUUCAGUUCAGCCCUUCAAGUGAUGACCCGCCAUUUUAUGACACUUUCUUAGCCUCUAAGCCAGCUCGUACCAUUCUGAGAGAAGUGCUGGGGGAGGCAGAGAGAGAGCGAGGGGGAAAAACAGAUGAUGACAGCCAAACAGAGAUGCUGAAGCUGCGACUUGUGGACAAACUGAAAUGUUUCCGCACCCUCCCCCCUCAUGCUGCUUCUCUUUCAUCUGGAGGUACUCUAUUAGCCCCCUUUGGACCUACUGGACUGGGGAACAAUGCACUGGGUGGGGGGCUUCCAGGUUUGAAUGCAGGACUGAGGAGGAAUCGAAGCUAUCCUGCCAUGGUAGGGGCCAGUAUGGCCAUGAAAGACCCAGGAGGCCCCCCUGACACAGAGAUACUCAUACCACAUACAAUGCAAAGCCCACAUACCCAACAGGCAGUGCCCACACAGGAAAUGGGCAAAAAGCAAGCAAAUCACACACUGGCCACAAAGGCCAGACACAUACCACAGACACUACAUGCACUGGAAACAGUCACACCACAGACGAUAAUACAAAGACACACCCGGCCAAACACAAUGCUACACAAUUCAUCAAGUAAUGAAUAACACAGCAAUGAUGACACAGGACCAUAAUGGAAGACAUUCACUGUAUUAGCUCAUAUAACAACACACACAACAUAAUUACACACAGUUUAUGAGUUUCUCUAUACAACCAAAUGUCCUACAUAACUCUACAGACUCUUCAGCUGGAGAGUACCCCAGACCAAACAGCUACACUGAUGUAUACAAUACCGUCCACUUACAGAAUCUACUAAACAGAAAGAAAUCUUUCCUAACCAGUCCAGACUGCAGAUCAACAUCAGUGAAUGAAAUGGUGGUGAACACACCAGUAGUGGCUGACACUGUUACACUGUGUUAUAUUCUUAGUGUCAGACCAGACUAAUGAUGAUGGAGUAUGAUGCCUUCCUCAGUGUCUGUAACUGUAUAUUGUAUGAGAUGUAUAUGCAAUAUACUGUGUCAUAUUUAGUAUGUUAUUAAAAGGCCCAAUCUGGUGAAAGUAAUGCUUUUCCACAAGCUUCUUUUAGUCUCAUUUUCCUUCCCACCUAGUAUGACUGACUGCACCAUUGAAAAAAGCCAACCCAUUAAAUGUACUGUAUUGGCUCGAAUGUAAGAUGUUUUGAUUUACUCCACAUGGUCUAUGAAAAAAUGGGGGUCAGAUGUUCCAGAACCACACAAUUACACACUGACUACAGCAGACGUUACUUAAAGAAAGUGCUGUGUCAUGGGUCAUUUUUAGCCUUAAUGUCAACACAAAAAUCAUCACAGACCAUCAUUAAUGACACAUCUGUAAACAGUCUAUGGUACAGAGAGACAAGGAUAAUAUGAUUAAUGUCAAAACCAAACAGGAAGAGAAAAAAAAAAACCCAAACGCUCACACUGUAAAGCUGGCUGCUGUCCUGACAGGCUAGCUUACUACCAGAGUCUUUAUUAAGCUUAAAUAUUUUUAAUAAUCAUACUGUGCUGUAUUUUGAAUUAAAUGUGGUACACGCUUAAAUAUGCCUAAUUUGCAUACGUGGUUUCAUUUGAAGUGUUAUCUUAUAUUCGAGCCACUAUGGUAUUUUUAAUCUCUCACUUGUUUGUGUUUGAAUUGUAUUGCACUGCAGCUAAAUGAAAGUUGUGAUGUUGGCACUAGAGAGUAUUUCCUACCAGCAACUCCUCCCCCCCCCACUGUCUGUAUGUAAUCUGUAUUUUCAGAAAUAAUCUGGAUUGUGGCUUUAAUCUUGCUGUGACUUAAUGUUCUUAUGUGCCUAAAACAGCUAAGAUACUGUAUCUCAUUGGAGUAUAGUUGGUUUUGUUUGACAACUUUGUUAUUUUAAUGCAGGAGAUGGUAAAUCAGAAUAAUUGUGUAAAUUCAUGCAUGCGAACCUGUUGAGGGGCCCCACACAUGACUGUCUGGCUGUUUGUUUUUGGGGUUUUUUUUGUCUUCUAUUGAGUUCGGGUGAACCAUCACCUUCAUUUAUAAUCCACUGGGGCAUGUAGCACAUAAACAGUAAUACAGACACGUUAAAACACUGUGACAACAAGAGGCAGACCUGUAGAAAAACGAUGCAGUGACAUCUGAAUCAGUGGUAAAUGAGGCAUCAUGGCGUCAUAAUCCAACAAAAUGCAGAUGGGAGAUGGAAAAUCAGGAGUCUGCCACCGACACAGCGGUCACUCACAACCAAAGUCACAGCCUAAUAAAGAGUGGGUGGGAUCACAACGACACAAAGUUGGAAGCAUGUUUGUAUGCAAAUUAGACUGAUUACAAAUUUACUGUUCACCCUAUGUUGCCAGUGUAUACCGGGAUCAUGCAAACAGACUGACACCACUCAGUUUCAUUUGUCAAAACCAAGUGUGUGUUGGAGGGAAAAAUAUCCAUGUCCGCAAUUAUAGCACUUCUAUGUUUCUGAAUGUAACUAUAAAAGGAGCAACUUGAAAUGUUUUAAAGGCAAGAGGCUGAGAUUCUAAUAACAGUUUGUUGCUAAAGGGAAAUUAAUAGUAUCACUGACCCAGUUCCAGUGUCCACCCUCAGGAAGGCCCAUCAGACAUCUUGUACACGUUCCAUAUAUACAUGACUUUACUGGCCUCAGAAACACCUCUGCCCAGUUGAAGUGAUUUGAAUUAGGGCGUUGGGCCUGUGCUGACUGACUGACAGUGAAUGAAUGGACAUGGCUGGCUCUAAUGCUGGUAGUGAUCUGAAAUAAUCCUUAAUGAUUAAGGAGUUAAACUAGUAAUGUUACUGAGCAGGAGAUUAAAAAUUCUUAAAUAGAAUUUAAUAAAUACUUGGGAUUAUUAGAAGCAUGCAUAUAGCUGAAUGCCUACUGUACGUGUUUAAGUGAAGGACUUUUGGUUAUUGUAUUUAUAUUUUGAAUAAUUUUUCAUUGGAUAGUUUGUUAUGGCUAAAUGAUUUCUCUGGCCUCAGAAAAACAUAUAUAAAACUUGAUAACAGGAAUAGGGAGGGAAAAACAAUCAGACAACAGUAUUUACAGUAUUUAAGUGCUAAGACUGACGCGAUGAGGAGCUGGUGUGUAUGUGUUUCUUUUUCUGUGUGUCAACUGAAUCAUCAGGAUGUAAGUUAUUACAACGAGUAAUCCUGCUGUAGGGGUAUAUAUUUGUGUACAGUAUGUUGAUUUAUCUUGAUUUAUCUGUUUGUAUUAACCUCAAAAGGGGAACCAUCAUUACAUUGUAAAUGUAUGCAACACCUAUAAUCAUGCUAACUUUUGUUCUUAAAGAUGAACUGCAACAGUAGAACAAAAACACAGGGAGUUGAUUAUAUUUUAGUAAAGAGGGAAAGAAACUUCUGUUCAGGGACUGAAGCGUUCUAUUCAACAGAACAGACUAUACUGUCAAUAAAAAUAAAUACCUAAAGGCUGA